GCUUAUUCCAAUACCUGAUUUCCCAGACCGCGAGGCCCAGGCCGGGGGCGACACCUGUGUUAGAGCAUGGCCGCUGGGUUCUCAGCCACCAUCAGAGAUUGAAUGAAUUAUUUCAAUUAUUUAUUAACCGUUGUAUAAAAGUAGAGAAAAAGGAUACACCAUGUCGGAUGAAAUCUUCAGCACAACGUUGGCAUAUACCAAGAGCCCAAAAGCUACCAAGAGAACGUCUUUUCAGGAUGAGCUGAUCAGAGCAAUUACAGCCCGGUCAGCCAGGCAGAGAAGUUCCGAGUAUUCAGAUGACUUUGACAGCGACGAGAUUGUUUCUUUAGGUGAAUUUUCAGAUACCUCAACAGAUGAAAGUAUAGUUAGAAAAAAAAUGAAUGAUUUUCAUAUAUCUGACGAUGAGGACAAGAACUCUCCAAGACUGCCUUUUUUGAAAACCAAGAAAGUAAACAGGGAAAUAUCCAAAGAUGAUCUGGACUCUGUCAUUCUGGACAGUGAAGGCACAUCACCAGAUGCUCAAGAAGAUAUGCCUGGAAAUUCCUUCCCCAAAUCUCAAAAUGAUGAUCAUGAAGUUGGCCGAGAGAUCAUGACAAUGAAGCCUGCACCCAGGGUGCUCCCUGUCAGAAGAAGCACAUCCUCAGGGGAAAACAACAACAGUCUUGAUGCAGAUGGCCACUUUAAGCCUUCUCCCCGGCCAAGGAGCAUGGUCAAAACGAGUAGCCACACUGAGGAGAGAGUCAGGCCAGGAGUUGAUAAAGAACAUUCCACAAGCGAAGACUCUGCUCCCACACCUUCCCUUCCAAGGCAGAAUGGCACAGAGGUGCAAAUGGAGGAAAAAAUAUACUCGGAAAACCUUGAUCUUGAGGACUCGCUCUUACAAAGUCUGACCUCAUCUUCCCUCAAAGAAAGCCCUGGAGGUUGCACAUCACCAGGACCUCAGGAAAAGGCGCCCAUAAAAGAUCACGAUGAAGAACCUACUGAAGUCUGGGAUUCCUUGAUAUCAAAUGAAAAUGAAGGAAGUUCAGUUUUGAACUGUGUUACUCCUGAACUUGAGAAGCCCAAGGAAGGUCAGGUGGCAGCUGACGACCUUGAGGAAGAAAGAGAGAAGGGUGGAUUUACAGAAGAUGACCUCACCACUGACCCACUGCUCUCCACAUCCCCUAGUGUCAUAACACCCACUGAGCCAUCAGAGCCAGCCAAGAAAACAAAUGAAGAGAGAAACAUGAAGAAUAAAAAGACAACGAAUAACAGAGUGUCCAGUGCCUCUGGCAGGCUGAUGACCUCUGAGUUUUUAAAGAGAUCCGGUCCCACAAAAAGAAGUCCGUCUGCAGCUGCCUCCUCUCACUAUUUAGGGAGUUUGAAAGUCUUAGACCAGAAGCCGACACGGAAGCAGAGCCUAGAGCCAGACAAGGCUGAUCACAUAAGGGCAGCUGUUUAUCAGGAGUGGUUAGAAAAGAAAAAUGUAUAUUUACAUGAAAUGCACAGAAUAAAAAGAAUUGAAAGUGAAAACUUGAGGAUCCAAAAUGAACAGAAAAAAGCUGCUAAGAGAGAGGAAGCAUUGGCAUCAUUUGAGGCCUGGAAGGCUAUGAAAGAAAAGGAAGCAAAGAAAAUAGCUGCAAAAAAGAGGCUGGAGGAAAAAAACAAGAAGAAAACAGAAGAAGAAAAUGCCGUGAGGAAAGGCGAGGCCCUGCAAGCAUUUGAAAAAUGGAAAGAGAAAAAGCUAGAAUACCUCAAAGAGAAGACCAGGAGGGAGAAAGAAUAUGAACGAGCGAAAAAACAGAAAGAAGAGGAAGCGGUUGCUGAGAAAAAGAAAGACAGUGUAACUGCUUUUGAAAAAUGGAGUGAGAAAAAGGAAGCUCUCCUCAAGCAAAAGGAAAAGGAGAAAAUAAAUGAGAGAAGAAAGGAAGAGCUGAAAAGAGCAGAGAAGAAAGACAAAGACAAGCAAGCCAUCAGUGAAUAUGAAAAGUGGCUGGAAAAGAAAGAAAGGCAAGAAAGACUUGAACGGAAACAAAAGAAGCGCCACUCCUUCCUUGAGAGCGAGACACACCCACCAUGGAGCCCUCCAAGCAGAACUGUGUCCUCAAAAGUAUUUUGACGUUUCUGGUUCUUGAUUUUUUUUUUUCAGUUCACCUACUUUACCCAUGGAUU